UUCCAGUAAAUAAUUUGUACGUCUGGUUUUGGUCAAACCUGACAGUUUAUAUUUUUUUGUAAAUUAAAAAGGUGUAGAAGAAACUUUUUUGACACAACAUUUACGCAAACCCAAUCUUUUUCAUGGAUACUAUGUUGCCAUGUAUUAAGAGGAGCUGAACAUACCUUUUGCCAUACCUUUUGAAUCUUUGCUGUUUGAAGUUCAGAAAAAAAAAUGGAGCUUACUGGAAGCAGUUAUCAGGGCCCAACUCUAAAUGCCAGGAUGGAAGGAGAAGGGGAAUAUACAUUCCCGUCAGAAACUAAGUACAUAGGGGAGAUGAAAGACGGGAUGUUCCAUGGGUCAGGUGUGCUCCACUUUCCAAAUGGAAGUAAAUACGAGGCCACCUGGGAGAAUGGCAUUGCAACCCAAGGAUCAUUCACCUUUGAUGAUGGCCUGCCGUACCAGGAGAAAAACUGGGAUUACUGUGACGGUCACGACAGACGUUUCUAUACCGAGAGAUGCAACGGCCUACGCCCAGCAGGUGAAUCUCAGCUUACUGACCUGCAUCCUCCACGUGUCAUUCCUGAAGGCUGUUAUGACUGCGGAGAUGGUUUCUAUGAUCCUACUACUAGAACCAUCACCUCUUAUGAUGAUGUUUUCUUAAGAACUGCAGAUGACUCAGAACAUGAGUGGAUAGUGCAAACCUGUCGAGUGGCAGAGGAUCCAAAUCCUGAGUCCUUCUUAGAUGACGACUCCUGUUCUUCACAGGUGGAAUAAGCAUUGAAACCGUCGCCAUAAUCUGCAAUUGUGAAUGAGGCCUUCCAACACAACAGGGUUUUGUUGCCGACCGUGAGUCAUUAUGUACGGUGAGGGAUUCUCAUUUUGCUGGAUUUCCAAUGUCUCGCUGACCACAUCCCCUUACCGUUAAGCCGCUGUGAUAAAUCCCCCAUUCAAACCAGACUUCAGUCUUUCUUCUUGGGUCACUUCAACUCUCGGAAUGAUUCCAGUUGUAUGAUGCUGUGAUGCUAACACAAAAAAACCCACCAUACACUUUUAGGUGGAAUCCACAGAAAAACUCAAGAGUUGUUUGUCCUCUGGAUUGACACCCGCUCGACCUCACGGUUGUUCUGAGGGCGUCAGUGAUUGGAGGUCAAGA